CACUCAGAAACAUCCUGAUUUAGCAGACAGUGUAUUGUGGACAAAGAUAAGCGAAAUCAAUGUCGAUACUGUAGGUUGAAGAAAUGUUUUCGGGCAGGCAUGAAAAAAGAAGCUGUUCAGAAUGAAAGAGACCGAAUCAGCACGCGAAGAUCCAGCUAUGAAGACAGCAGUUUGCCGUCCAUAAAUGCCCUCAUCCAGGCAGAGGUGCUGUCACGACAGAUUUCGUCCCCCCUGCCGAUACUAAACGGCGAUAUCCGAACCAAGAAAAUUGCCACCAUCACAGACGUGUGUGAAUCCAUGAAACAGCAGCUGUUGGUCCUGGUGGAGUGGGCCAAGUACAUCCCAGCCUUUUGUGAACUUCCUUUGGAUGACCAGGUUGCCUUACUGAGGGCUCACGCUGGAGAGCACCUCCUGCUAGGAGCUGCCAAGCGGUCUAUGAUGUUCAAAGACCUGCUGCUGUUAGGUAAUGACCACAUUAUCCCUCGGAACUGCCCAGAGCUGGAAGUGAGCCGUGUAGCUGUGAGGAUUUUAGAUGAACUGGUACUGCCUUUCCAGGAACUUCAGAUAGACGACAAUGAAUAUGCCUGCUUGAAAGCCAUUGUGUUCUUCGACCCAGAUGCCAAAGGCCUGAGCGACCCCAGCAAGAUCAAGCGCAUGCGCUACCAGGUGCAGGUCAGCCUGGAGGACUACAUCAACGACCGGCAGUACGACUCGCGCGGCCGGUUCGGCGAGCUGCUCCUGCUGCUGCCCACCCUGCAGAGCAUCACCUGGCAGAUGAUCGAGCAGAUCCAGUUCGUCAAGCUCUUCGGGAUGGCCAAGAUAGACAACCUGCUGCAGGAGAUGCUGCUGGGAGGUUCUGCAAACGAGGCGCCUCACGCACCCCACACAUUGCAUCCCCACCUGGUCCAAGAGCACCUCAGCAACAAUGUCAUCGUGGCCAGCAACAUGCCAACUCCCAUUCACAACGGCCAGAUCUCUACUCCAGAAACUCCACUUCCUUCUCCGCCUGCUGGGUCCAGCUCGGAUCAGUACAAACUGGCCCAGGGGGUCAUAGCCACCGUAUCCAAACAGCCCACCUCCAUUCCUCAGCCCACCAUAACCAAGCAAGAGGCGAUCUGAUGAGCAGAGAGUGAAGGGGGGAGGGGGAAUGGGACAGCUCCCCAUUCAUGAAAUGAAUAGCAAACCUUUUUUUCUAACGGAGGCACAGCAGAAAGCUGUAUAAAUAAUUUAUGGCAUAGAUAUAUAUUGUACAGAGCUUGGGGUAAGAAAAUAAAAGAGUAUUUAUGUGUUUGUUCUGCAAAGGUAGUAUGUAAGAUGUUAACAGCUACAAAGGCCAGACUUGGAAGUCCAUUAGAUUUUUUUUUUCUUUUACUAAACACCCAAAUCAUCGCAAACCUCCGAGUGUACAUGUAGGAAUUAAGGAGACAACAGCUGCGAGUUUUUUUUUUUUAAAAAAUGUUUUGCUUGCUACUGGGCUGGGCAAGAUUCAGCUGAACGCAGGUGGAAGUUAAAAUGGAAGGGGUGUAGGGCAAAGAGCUCUUUGUAGGUUUAAACUUUUCAGUUUUAUUUACUUAGUCGGUAACUGUUUGCUAAAUAUAAACUCAGGAGUAAAACAUAGAACUGAAUGUCAUACAACUAGGCAAGUUUACCUUGGCUACAAACCUGCUCUCUUGAAUACAGUAUAGUAUACAAUUGAUGCCGUACAUUUCUACGGUGAAUGUGGUAAUACUUUUUAGGCCAAUUCAGACGUUUGUUUAUUCUUCCCGCAGUCGUGAGAUGAGUUUGAACUAAUGCGUCUUCAUACUAAACCAAUGUUACUGCAGAUGUGUGUGAUGGACAUCAUAACCUUGUUUGAACCUUUAAUUUAAAGGAGUUAAUGGUUUAAUUGACUAAACAUCCAAAAUGCUUCUUUAUUUCGUUUUCCAUAAGCUGUUUGUCUGUUGUGAGACAAAAUGUGAAUUCUGAGAAAAGAGAUUUGCACCUUUGCAAUUCGUUGUUUUUAAACAAAUACUUUUCUUUUAAACAUCAGUUUGGUAAAUAAUACAUAUUUACCAUAGACAAAUACAUUGUAUUAUAUUCUACUGUUGGAGAAUUGCCUAUUUUGUUUUGUUUUAUUUUUUUUUCCGGUGCUGUUUACUUUCAUUGUUGUAUUAAGGAUGUUGUUUUCUUUUGGGUUCUGGCAGACGCACACAAAAAGAAAUAUUUCAGUUUGGAAGAGUAGCUGUUUUUGUUGUGAGUUGAAGUUCCUGUUUUUGAAUCACUUUGGUGAAUACCUAAACCAGCAUCUGUUGGGAUUCUGAAAAAUAACCUGCAUCUGUUGCUCACAUUACACUCUUUCAUUUGGCCCAGAGCUGUAACUGCCAGGAAUAUUAUACCAGUAACGAAACCUUGAAGAUUCAGUCCCUGUUCUGACAUACGCCAUGUGACUUCCAAUGCAACUAACACUAACAGAACACAGAAUACUGAGAGGGGUGGAGCUAGGACAACAACUAUUAUCCAUUUGGAAUAGGGGAUAUGUAGAUGUUUCACAGAAAAUCUAUCCUCUCUACAGUCCUAGAGAAUGUAAUUAAUUGAUAUCAGGGUAAUCAUUGUUCCUCCAAAAUUAAAUCAAAAGCAUUAAUUCCUGCUUGUAGUUAUGUAAAGGAUGGACAUUUAAAUGUGUAAUUGACAAUUCUGUGUUUGUACGUAGAGUGCUUUACUUUCUGCAUCUUUUGUAUUUGCUGUAUUGUUAAUGGAAAGUGCCUUAGACGGAAACAGAGCACUGCCUUCACAGGGAGGAGUGGUGGUGUUUUAACUUCCAAUGAAUUAAAUGUCAAUUUGUUUUUUA